AUGGAAUCUGCCGCUAGCAGCCGGUACAUCCAGCUUGUCUGCUUGCUCAUGGUGACUUCAGUCAAUACAAGAUCGAUUUAUCACAAAGAUGUGCAAGGCCAUCCGAACGCUGGGAGCCUUGGUGAAAUUGACCACGAGUGCUGGGAGUCUUCAUCACGCAAACUGGUAGAAAUGAAAAAGCUCAGAAUGGCGGAUACAAUCCUAGGCCUUUGGGACUUCAUGGUCUACCUAAAGGAAUCGGCCAAUCCCAAGCAUAAUGCACUGUUUGAUGGGUUAGCCCAGGACUUUUGGGACAUAUAUGUGGAUUGUGUGCUCUCCAUAUCUCAUGGUAUGGGUCGAAGAGAACUACUCAGCCCAAACCAUUUCCCUGAUAUACAUAAAACAUUAAAAGGUAACUUUAUCAAAAUCCUCUUAUUCAUUUGA